AUGUCUGGCCUGGAAGUGAUCGGCGCCAUCUCUGCCGUCAUAUCCAUAAUCGACGCCUCGGUCAAGGUCUACGACAGUGCUCGGAAGGACCUCAAGUUGCCUGAGACAUUCGACACCGUUGGACGCCGACUCCCUAUAAUCCUUGAUACACUGAACACAUGCAAGAGCAAUCUAGAACCGAGCAAAGACACCAUGUCCGAGGAUGUCUGCCAAGCCUUGGGGAAGAUUAUCGAUGUGUGUGAUGAAAAAGCCCGAAAGUUGAGAGAAAUAUUUGAAAAGACCAUGCCUGGUGAAAAGGAUACGUGGGAGAAACGAUACUCCAAAGUUGUUCGGAGACUCGGUAAAGGAAACAAAGUCGAAGAUCUCAUGAUUGCGAUCACCCAAGAUGUCCAACUUAUUGUCAACCAACAUGCCGUCAAUUCUGCCACACCAGAGCAAAAGGCCGAGCUUGAAGAGAUCAUUGAAGAAAUGAAAUCUCUGCCGCCCUCAAUAUCUAAGGAAGAAAACCCGGCCAUGAGCUUUGUUGUCCACGGAGGGAAGAUGACGAGCAUGGUUCACACGGGGAGCGGCGAACAUAAGAUUGUGACCGAUAGCGGAAGGAUGUAUAUUGCUGACCAUCAAACCUUUGUUACUGAGCAGAACGAAGACUUCAGCUUUCAAAGGCCUGUUGGCACCUGCCUUGGCCAAGCGCCCUAUUUCGCACCAGAACUCUUCAUCGGUCGCAGUUUUGAGCUUGGUCAGAUGGCAGAUGUUUUGCACCCAGGCUACGAGCCUUUGGAGCAACGGCGUCUGGUACUAGGUGGUAUCGGUGGUAUCGGCAAGACACAGCUUGCCAUCGCCUACGCCAAGUCUCACUGUAAAAUUUAUGACUCUGUGCUUUGGCUAAAUGCAGCAUCUGAGGCUUCAUUGAAUGAUAGCUUUCAAUCGAUCGCCAGCCACAUCUUCAACGCCCCGAAUCUCGGCCUAGACGGCAAAGAGAUUGUGAGACGUAUACAUCAAUGGCUAUCCGACCCAAAGAAUUUUGGGUGGUUGUUGAUCUUUGAUAACUACGAUAACCCUAGUCAGUUCAAGAUCGACCGUUAUUAUCCCCCCGCUUCUCACGGGACCAUUAUUGUCACCUCAAGACGAUCAGAUCUUGUUGCUGGGAGCAAUGUCCAAAUUAAGCCUUUUAAAAAUAUUAAGGAGGGCCUCGAUAUCCUCCAAACUCGAUCUAAACGAGAGAAUAUUCUAAUAGACCCUUAUGCAAAGCGACUCGCGGAGCGACUCUCGGGUCUUCCUCUCGCCCUAGCCACUGCCGGAACUUAUCUUCAGCGAAGCGCCUUUUUCUUUGAACGAUACCUUGAAGAAUAUGAGAAACGGUGGAAUAUUGAUCCUCGCCGCCCCACCAAGCUCCAAGAGUAUCAGGAGCGUACCCUUUAUACGACCUGGGAUUUGUCAUACGAUCGCCUAGAAAUAGAGGAUCUGGAAGCUGCGAAAUUCAUGAAAUUACUAGCAUACUUCGGAAACGAAAGCAUUUGGAGGGGGCUUUUCUAUGCCGGACUUGCCGACAGUUCUCCAGAGUGGCUACGUCAAGUGAUCACAGACGAUGUCAACUUUGACGGGGUGAUGAAAACUCUGACAGAAUACCAGUUCCUGGAACUUCAUCCGAAAUUGGAAUCGUGGAGCAUGCAUAAUUGCGUGCACGAUUGGGCAUUAGCAGCACUCAAUAAGAAUAUCGAUACACAGUAUUAUUGGUAUGCCUUUGACUGCGUUAAUGCAUCUACCAAGGGGGUUGACAACGAUUCCUUUGGAAAUAUCUCCUACUCUCGGUUGGCUGUUCAUGCAACACAGCUAGUGAAUCGGCGCUUCCUCCAAGGCGAUAUCAUCUUCAGUUCCACAUCUGAGAGACUCGAUAUGUUCUCGCGUAUUGCGCGGCUCCUUCAAGACCAAAUUCAGCUUGCUGCCGCGGAGCAGAUGUAUCUACAGGUGCUAGCUGGGAAGGAGAAAACGCUAGGAGCGGAACACAUAUCAACCCUCGACACUGUCAACAGUCUUGGGAACCUAUACUGUGACCAAAACAAGCUAGAUAAGGCGGAGCAGAUAUAUCUGCGGGCGCUAGCUGGAAAGGAGAUAACGCUUGGAGCGGAACACAUAUCAACCCUCGACACUGUCAACAAUCUCGGACUUCUAUACCAUGAGCAAGGCAAGCUGGACGAGGCGAAGGAGAUGUAUGAUCGGGCGAUGGCUGGCUAUGAGAAAGACUCUAAGGAGUUCCACAUCUCUAUCCUCCGGACGUUCAAUAAUCUUGGGCUUCUGUACCAUGACCAUGGUAGGCUGGGAGAGGCAGAGAAGAUGUAUAACCAGGCGCUGGAGGGGUAUGAAAAAGCCCUUGGAGCGGACCAUAAGUUGACCCUCCACACGGUCAACAAUCUCGGGACUCUAUAUUCUCAGCAAGACAAGUUAUCUGAGGCGGAGCAGAUGUUCAACAGGGUGCUAUCCGGGUAUAAGAAAGCCCUCAGAACAGAUCAUACAUUGACCCUUGAUGCUGUCAACAAUCUUGGGGCUUUGUAUCAUAGCCAAGGCAAGUUUAGCGAGGCCGAGGAGAUGUACAACCGGGCUUUGGCUGGUAAGGAGAGAUGGCUUGGAGGGGAACACACAUCCACGCUGCAGACAGUUAACAAUCUCGGGGCUCUAUAUGAUGAGCAAGGGAAGUUAGAAGAGGCGGAGAAGAUGUACAACCGGUCUUUAACUGGGAAGGAGAAACGGCUUGGAGCGAAACACACAUCCACACUACAGACAGUCAACAAUCUCGGUGUCCUAUAUUAUAACCAAGGGAAGCUAGCAGAGGCGGAGCAGAUGUACAACCGUGCGCUCGCUGGGUAUAAGGAACAACUUGGGUCGGACCAUAGGCUCACUCUGGGCACUGUCAGAAAUCUCGACAAACUAUAUCGUUCGCAGUGCAUGCCAGCCAAGGAGGGGCAGAUGUACUACCGACCUUUGGCUUGGAAGGAGAAAAGGCUCUUUGGAACGGAACACACGUCCACCAUACAGACAUCCAAUUGUGGUCCACUAGGAUAA